UUUAGUUUUUACAGGUUUGUGAAGGGGAGAUUUUGAUGGUUUUGGGAAGUAGAGAUGAUGGAGAUUUUUCAGUGGUUCAAGCGGGAAUCAAACCAUGGUAGAUCUGAAAGGAGGCUCUCACUUGGAGAGUUUAAACGAGCUGUUUCGUGGUCCAAGUACUUGGUCUCCUCUGGUGCAGAGAUAAAAGGAGAGGAUGAAGAAGAUUGGAGUGCCGAUUUGUCUCAGCUGUUCAUCGAGAGUAAAUUUGCUUCCGGACGCCACAGCCGUAUCUAUCGUGGGAUAUACAGGCAGAGAGACGUGGCCAUCAAGCUCAUAAGCCAGCCUGAGGAAGAUAAGAAGUUGGCUGUGCUGUUAGAGAAGCAAUUUACUUCAGAGGUUGCGUUGCUCCUUCGUCUCCGGCACCCUAAUAUCAUCUCUUUUGUUGCAGCAUGUAAGAGACCUCCUGUUUUCUGUAUUAUCACUGAGUACCUAGCAGGGGGCUCACUUAGAAAAUACCUUCACCAGCAGGAGCCAAAUUCCAUUCCACUGGACCUGGUUUUGAAAUUUGCCCUUGAUAUUGCUCAUGGUAUGCAUUAUCUUCAUUCUCAGGGGAUACUCCAUAGGGACCUCAAAUCAGAAAAUCUACUACUCGGUGAAGAUAUGUGUGUGAAGGUAGCUGAUUUUGGGAUCUCAUGCUUAGAAUCUCAGUGUCUCAGUGGAAAGGGGUUCAUUAGUACAUACCGCUGGAUGGCUCCAGAAAUGAUAAAGGAAAAACAUCACACAAGGAAAGUUGAUGUGUACAGUUUCGGCAUAGUCCUUUGGGAGCUUCUAACAGCAUUGAUACCUUUUGAGGGCAUGACUCCAGAACAGGCUGCUUUUGCAGUCUCCCAGAAGAAUGCAAGGCCUCCAUUGCCCUCCAAAUGCCCAGUGGCAUUCAGCCAUCUCAUAAGUCGAUGUUGGGCAAGUAAUCCAGAUAAACGUCCUCACUUUGCUGAGAUUGUUUCUGUUCUUGAGAGUUACACGGAAUCCCUUGAACAGGAUCCAAAUUUUUUCUUAUCCUACAAACCACCUGAAAAUCAUACAUUUCUGCGAUGCUUCCCGAAAUGUAUCACUGUCCGUAAGUCCACUUCUUAAAGGCCUUUUUAUGUAGAAUUAAUUAUGCAAUAUGCAUCUCCACAUUUUUAGUGGUACUUUGCUCUUAUACUGCUUAAGCUAUUGUAGAGUAUUUUUAAUGGCCUUGACUCUCUUCAUUUUUC